CGGUUUGACUGCAGCUUGCUACUCAUUCUCUCACUGAGCUUUUAUUAUUCCUUGAGCUGUCUGAAGAGAGAGCACUUGAUGGCUACAGGAACAUCCAAGAGGCAACUUUAGCAGCGUACAGUCAUUGGGCACUCCUGCCCUUCUCCCAGCACUUAUGUCUGGAAUAAUUAAUUCCACCAACUCCAGUGAACAAUGUGAACUGCAAGCAGAAUUUCAGUUUGGGUUCUUUACAGUUACCUACAGCCUAGUGUUCAUUCUGGGCUUGCCAGGGAAUGCUAUAGCACUCUAUUACUUAAGCCAACGGAAACAGCGCGCCAGGAGCACAAAUGUCUAUUUUUUGAACCUGUCUGUUGUGGAUACUGUGUUUAUAUGCCUCCUGCCCUUUCGCAUUUACUACCACAAUACUGGAAACAACUGGGUGUUUGGAGAUAUUGCUUGUCGAAUUACAGGUGGUCUCUUCUAUGGCAACAUCUAUCUGAGCAUUGGAUUUUUUACUUGCAUAAGCUUGGACAGGUACCUUGCUGUCGUGCACCCACUCACAUACAGGCGACUGAGGUUCAGUCACUACCCCUUGGUACUGACAAUCCUUAUCUGGAUGAUAUGUGGAGCCAUUGUCUUGCCAUUAAUCUUUGGGGGACCACUUAACAACAUCUUGGAAGCAAACCGUACAUCUUGCUUUGAGGAAUUCUCCCCAAGGAGCUGGCAUAAUCGACUUGUUCCUUACAAUGUGUGUGCUUUGAUCUUCGGCUUUCUAGUCCCUUUUACUGUUAUAGCAAUUGUUUUUCCACUCAUGGCUCGGAAGAUAGGUAAAAUCAGAAAAAGCAUCCACCGGACCGUGGCCUUAAGGAUUAUUGGGUUUAUCCUUACUGUUUCUCUCAUUUGCUUUUUGCCAUAUAACAUCACCCAUCUUUUUCACUUCCUCAUGAGACUGCAGUUUAUACAGAAAUGCUCUUCAAGUAUUAUCAUCUACAAACUGCGUCGGAUCACUUUGGCUCUAAUCAGUCUGAACAGCUGCCUCAACCCACUUCUGUACUUCAUACCUUCAUUAAGUCGUUCAUUAAAACUCCCAAGGUCAAGUCGAACUAAGAAGGUGUACAUGGUCAGCAGAAAAGAAACAUUUAAACCCAAUGUUCUGUCUAUCUCUCAGCCACUUUCUGUGUUGCCCUGCCAACGAGAAAAUGCCAGCAUCACUCUGGUAGCAAAGGCAGAAUGGUCAGCACUGUAACAUGUACAAAUAAUAACAAUGCUUUAUUAUUCAUUUAUGUGAGAAUAGUAUGUGGAUAGUUAAAGUACCACAGGAUAUAACUAUCAGGCAAACCAAUUGGCUCCUUAAGCAUUUAAGCAAUAACAGCUGGCCUGUGUUGCAGCCAUUUCCUUAUUCAGGCAAAAGAUGAGCAAAAACAAUGCAAUGUGCAAUUCAUUACUUGUCUGCUUGAUUUUCUUUUUUACUUAGUACAAUAAACCAGU